AUGGUCGGCAGGCUCGUUACAGCCCUUUUUGGCGAGGCGGCCUGUGCCUUCGCUGGUCUCUGGAACUGUGUCACCAUCAACCCCCUGAACAUUGCGGCCGGCGUGUGGAUGAUGCUCAACGCCUUUGUCCUGUUCCUGUGCGAAGCCCCCUUCUGCUGCCAGUUCAUCGAGUUUGCGAACGCCGUCUCUGCGAGGGCCGACAGGCUGCGGUCCUGGCAGAAAGCUGCUUUCUACUGCGGGAUGGCCGUGUUCCCCGUCGUGCUCAGCCUGACGCUGACCACGCUCUUCGGAAACGCCAUCGCGUUCGCCACCGGCGUGCUUUACGGCUUGUCGGCGCUCGGCAAAAAGGGAGAUGCCAUUGCCUACGCACGGAUCCACCAGCAGCAGAAGCAAAUGGAUGAAGAGAAGCUCACGGGGGCCCUAGAGGGACAGGCUCUCUGAAGCACGCCAGCUCGGGGUAACCUCUCCCGGACACUGAAGUGUUGGUGAAGAUACAGGAAUCCACUCUGCCCCUCCCUCUGCCCACUCCACUCUCUGUUACACCACGAUUUCCCUGGACACUG